AUCAAAUGGAGUACACAUCGAACACUUUUCCACCUGAAAACGUGUCCCACUCCUCCUCUGUUGUCUCCCUCUGUCCCACCGCCGCCACCCUCUUCUUCCUCCCCUCCGCCUACACGCUCCUCUUCCUCACCGCUCUCCCGGGAAACGCUCUGUCUCUGUGGGUUUUCCGGCGGUGCAUCUCCUCCGUCUCCCCAAUCCACGUCUGUCUGUCCCACCUGAGCAUCUCCAACCUCAUUCUGUCCCUCACCACGCCCUUCCUCGCGGCCUACUUCGCCUGGGGCUCCGUGUGGAUGCUGAGCGGCGUCCUGUGUCAGCUGGUGCUGCACGGCAUCACCCCGGUGCUCCACAUCAACAUCUACAUCAGCAUGAUGAUCCUGACCUGGGUCGCCCUGAGCCGCUUCGCAGCCCUGAUCCAGCACACCCACGCCGCCCGGCCCAGCGGCUUCACCAAGCUGCUGCCGCACACCUUCUUCGCCCGGCUCACGAGGCCCUCCUUCGCCAGCAGGGUGUGUGUCGGGGUGUGGAUGGUGGCGGUGGGGUGCACGGUGCCGGUGACGGUUUACUACUCGGUGAGAGAAGCUGCGAGCGCCAACGCCGCCGCCAUAGGUGGAUGGGUGGAGGUGUGCUACAGCCCCGCGGUGGAGAUCGGCGGCAGUCUGUCCGCGACGGUCACCGUGCCCGUGAUCACGCUGUUCUUUGUGUUCUACCUGCUGGUGCUGCUCUCCUACAUGACGGUGCUGAGGCACAUCAGACGCUCACGCCGCAGCACCAACGUCACCACCUCCCAGAGCCUGCUGGGUCGAGUGCUCCGAAACAUCGUGGUCAUCCAG